UUCUUCUUCACAGUCUCUCUGUGGAUGAAGGCGAAUGGAAGCUGGCGUGCAGCGGGCUGCAUAUUAAUUUGUUUCACCAGGAUUUAUGUCCGUCUAUGCAGCAAUUUAUGGAUUAUGCGAAUUAAAUGUAUUGCUGCCCCUCAACAGGGUUACGAUGAGUGCAGUGUGUAUCCUAGUGUGAUUUAAUUUUGGCCAGUGUGGUAAUAUUAGGGUAGUAAUCUGUUACUGCAGGACGUUUUUUAGGCUACACAUCAAGUAUCUUCGCAGCAUGAACAUGGAUGAAGAUAACCGAGUGCCUGAAGAUCUUUCACUUGAAGAGAGAGAUGAACUGUCCAACAUUAGACGAAGGAAAAAGGAGUUGCUAGAUGACAUUGAGAGGUUAAAGUUUGAGAUCUCAGAAGUCAUGACAGAGAUUGAGAAUUUAACAUGUGUCAGGGAGACCAAAAGCACUCAGAGGAACAAGCAGAUUGCUGUUGGAAGAAAGAAAUUCAAUAUGGAUCCUAAAAAGGGAAUCCAAUUUCUUUUGGAGAAUGAUCUUCUGCAACACACACCUGGGGACAUCGCUCAGUUCCUCUAUAAAGGCGAAGGCUUGAACAAAACUGUCAUAGGAGAUUAUUUAGGGGAACGAGAUGACUUCAACAUUAAGGUUUUGCAGGCGUUUGUGGAGCUUCAUGAGUUUGCUGACCUCAACCUGGUGCAAGCAUUGAGGCAGUUUUUGUGGAGUUUCAGACUUCCCGGUGAAGCACAGAAGAUAGACCGAAUGAUGGAGGCCUUUGCUGCUCGAUAUUGCCAGUGUAACCCAGGUGUCUUUCAGUCCACAGACACUUGCUACGUUCUCUCGUUCUCCGUCAUUAUGCUCAACACCAGCCUCCACAACCCUAAUGUCAGAGACAAGCCCACUGUGGAAAGGUUCAUCCUCAUGAAUCGGGGCAUCAACGAGGGGGGAGAUCUGCCCGAGGAGCUGCUCAGAAAUUUAUAUGAAAGCAUUAAGAAUGAGCCUUUCAAAAUUCCAGAAGAUGAUGGGAAUGAUCUAACUCAUACAUUCUUUAAUCCAGACAGAGAGGGAUGGUUGCUAAAACUAGGGGGAAGAGUGAAGACCUGGAAGAGGAGGUGGUUCAUUUUGACAGAUAACUGUCUAUAUUACUUUGAAUAUACAACAGACAAAGAGCCUCGGGGGAUCAUUCCACUGGAGAAUCUUAGUAUAAGAGAGGUGGAGGAACCAAGAAAACCAAAUUGCUUUGAGCUCUACAAUUCCAGUCAUAAGGGGCAAGUAAUUAAGGCUUGCAAGACGGAGGCUGACGGGAAGGUGGUGGAGGGGAAUCACGUUGUCUACAGAAUAUCAGCACCCACGCCGGAAGAGAAGGAAGAGUGGAUCAAAUCCAUCAAGGCAAGCAUUAGCAGGGAUCCUUUCUACGACAUGCUGGCUACUAGAAAACGGCGAGUGGCUGCUAAAAAGUGAGCCGCGGACCUAACGUCGUGGUUUAAAUGUAAACCUUCACAUGGGGUCCUGCAUCAGGUGACAAAUAGUCAGAGGCAAGAGCUCUCUGAGGAUAAAGGACAAGAUUUUAAAAAUGUUGGUGUCUGUAAAGGUCAUGUGCUAAUCUAAAGGGUAUGUACUUAAUGUUUAUCUCCAAAUGAAUUGUAUUGAGAGUGCAAUGACGGUAAUGGAUGCAAUUAUAUGCUGAAUUUGUGUUUGUCAAAAAGAACUUUAAGAGACUGACUUUGCCACAAUAUCUGCCUAAUUUUAUGUGAGGGUCCAAUAUAGAGCGAGUAGCGCCCCCUGAUGGCUACAUGGGAACUUACAAAUUUCCAGGUAUAGUUAUGUGAUGUUCUCUGGCAAGUAGAUGGCCAAGAAAUGGAUGUAAUAUACCAAACUACUGGUGCUGUCAAUUCCAAUCAUGUUUUUUUUUUUGUACUUUAGGAGUCUUUAAAUAUAGUAAAUAGAUUCAUUAUGACAGGAAAUUAUGCCAAGUAUAAUUUUUUAGUGCUAUUAUAAAAUAUCAAAUUUCAUUAAGUGUAUUCAUUGUAUCAGUAAUUUUAAAUGGUUUUAUGUUUGUUUUAUGUCAUCAAAAUCAGCAGGACUGGUUGCAUGAAAUGGAAGAGAAAAUAAUCAGUUUUCAUAUUAUAUUUAUUAUGGUUUAAGGUCCUUAAUAUAAAAUACUGUGUAAAAAAAAAAAAAAAAAA